AUGAGGCAGAAACUCGCCCCACGUACGGUUCGGAGGCCGAGCCCCACCCCAGCUGUAAUGGUGCGGCUUAGGUCAACUAACACAAAGAGGAUACAGUUCACUCAACGAUUGCCUUUGGGUUCCGAACUCCAUAUGGGGAAGGAGCGUUGUUGUUUCCGAGGUCUCGAUCAUUUACAUGGACCCACUUCUCAUUCCAUUUGUGGGAAUUUUAUGAUCUAUAAACCGUCCCUAACGAACGAUCGCCUCAUGUUUGAGCAUGGUGAAUCACUUCGUGCCGACCUGUUGCCAAUAAACUUUUCGGCCUCAUAUGAGAAUGGAAAACUUGAGCAUUUUCUGCAUCGGUGGAUGAAGAAUCGCGAACAUAAGAAUUUAUGGUUGACCAUGUUCCCAGAAAAAAGAUACUUUAGAGAAACAACGAGCACGACUGAAGUGGCUAUACAUACAAAUCCAUUUACGGAUAGAUAUGCUUCGAUUGGAACUGGAAGUUCCAGAACAGGCGGCUGGUAUACCACCAUAAUGAAACUGCCUUUUCUUUUUUUUAUUCGGAUAGGAUUUUGGUUGGCUUCGUCGGGAGGCUCGCGUAGUUUGUUACGUCAGCUCCAAAAGGAUAAGUUGCGUUGGAAUCGAUAAAGUUCCGUGGAAUUCAUAAUUGCAUAAAAAAAAAGAAAAGGAGUCUUCAACCCUCUAUGAAAAGCUAUUAAAAAAUUUCAAAGGCAAAGGGCCAAGGUGAGAAAGACCAAAGAAAUCUGUUUCAUAAAUAGGGUCUCCUCUUGUCAUCCCGGAAAGAAUAUCUGCUCUGCUUGUUCACUCCCGAAACGCCUAAGCCGAAUAGAGGGAUAUGGUGUUUACCUAAAUAGAGUGGAACGGCAGCGCAAGCUCACUAGAGACUUACAUACCACUAGUAGUUUUUGUUUGUGUAUUGAACUUUGUUGAUGCUCUCUUCUGUGGAAAGUAAUGAAAAUGCUUCGGUGGUCAGGCUCUUAAUGUUUAUAUAUAUAUUUUAUGGUCCUUCCAUUAACCACUCCUUGCUCCCACACCAGAAGCUACUACCCCUUCGGACCUUGUUGCUUAGUCCGUUCGUGUGGUACCUUUGACUCUUUCUGGUGCUGCGCUGCUUAAAACUAGGGUCCGUGAAGGUAAGGAUUGCUUUCAAUCAAAGGUAAUGGACGGUCAGGAGGGUGCUGAACCCCCCUUUCCUUUCAUGGUCCGGGUUUGUUUGCUUCUGCCCUUUCGAUUGCGGAUGCGAGAACAAACAUAAGUAUCACAGCUCCUUCUCGAGCAGUAAGAGCUCCCUCGUCCUAUUCUUUGCCUAAUAUACCCGCUCUUCAAGAGUUAACUCUUUUGUGCAUUGGUGUAUUUUUACUAUGGAUUCAAUUCCUUCAAUGUGAACAAAAUAGGAUUGGAUUGAUGGACAGAAUCCUUUCGACAUGGUCUUCUCUCUCUUUCCUAUUGCUAUUGGGAUCCCUUUCAUAUUCAUAUUCAAUAAAUAGAUUGCCUCUAUCCAUUUCUCCCUCUCUACUUCAAAGGGCGGGGAGGUAGGAUGGAGGGCCCGGCCCGUACUCUAGAGCUAGUUUGACUUAGUGUACAGGACAGUGGUAUGUGUGUCAGGGGAAAAAAUCCAAAAAGGUUUUUGGCUCGCAAUAAAGCUGAUCGAGCAACUAGGAAUCCUAUCUAUCCACCUCUCCAGACACAAUAUCUUGAGUACCUAUGAUGGUGACCACAUCUGCUGGCAUGUGAUGUUUGGACAUAGAAUCGAGUCCUUGUGAAUGGGCAGAGCCGGGUGCUCUUAUUUUACGACGGUAGGGACGAUUGCUUCCAUUACUGACAAGAAAGACACCAAAUUCUCCUUUAGGUGCUUCAACUGCGGUAUAGGUGGAAGGAGCUGGUACGGAAAAACCUUCUGUAUAAAGUUCGAAAUGGUGAAUUGAGGUAGAGUAGACCGAUGAUCCUGUAGUCAUUUUGCCGGCUAUUGAAAGAAAAAGCUUGCAUCUGUUCUCCCUAUUAUAUUAGAAAACAGGUCCGAUCUCUCUCCAAACCUAACGUGAUAGUUUCCCAUCAUAGGGCUUUCUAUCUAUAGAUUGAGCCAUUACCAAGGAGCUAAUUCGUUCAGAACUCAGUUGACUGCUUCUAUAGAUAAGGCGGAGCGUCCUUGGCUCAGCAUUAUAGCACAUAGGGCUUCGGCGCUACUACAGCGCUUCGCUAACCCGAAGCGCCUCGCUAUGAGAAUCCAGCUUCGCUAACGCCCGGCUAAGUCUUGAACCUUCGCGCUGACCGUUCGCUUUCUCAGUAGCAAAAGCGCUUCUCUUUGCCCCUUAAGUAGAAGGACAAGAAAGAUCUUUUUUGUUUAAUUGAUCCCGCUUCCUCGCAUCUGCGCUCGUCAAGCCAACUUUGCUUUUUGGGAGGUGAAACUGCGGUUGAAGCGGACAUUUCGAAAUGACAGCAUCGAAGAUUGAAAAUAGAUAGAAAACAUAUUAUUUUGUCGCGGUUAUCCCGGACUGCGUUCCGGAAAAAGUGGCCUACUAGAAAUGAAAGAAAGGGCGAGCACUCUUGUGUUUCAACCCCACUAUCACUAUACUAUUCAUAGUUGUGGGGCACUGUGUACUUACAGCCUCUACGAUAAGCAAGUGAAUGGGGCCGGGCAUCAAAUCAAGUACAUGGCGUGGCGAACGGAACGGUUCAUCAAGCCAUUUCUCGCCUCAACCCCCUAAAUAGGAAGAGGUUUACUUUACUAAUAGGGGUUAAUUGCUUCGCACCUGCCCCGAACCCUCACAAGGAUAGCCCUCUCGAUACCUUAUUGGAGCUUUGUAACUAGUGGCCGCUUUCCCGUCGCUAGAGCGUUUUCCCAGUGCGCGGAGCCCCAACGAGGAA